AUGGAUUGGGAUGUCUACCGGGGGGUGAAUUUGGCUAGAGAUGGUGGUUACAACCUUUCCAAGUGCAUGGAGGCAGCGUUUGAUCCGAUCAUCGCCCAUCACUUUAAUCUGUCAAGGGAAAUCACCGCCGAGGUUUUCAGGAGGUACGGUCUCCUUCUCUCGGAUUGGAUGGCCAAGGAGAGUCCUGCUCUCGUGAGCUUGACUUCCUCGCUCACUAAGCGACAUUGA